AUGGCCAUUUCCAAACUUGUGUUCACAGUGUGUUCUAUUCUUUUUUUCAAUUUAUGUAUCUCAACCCUUGGCAGGCCCAUAAUAAAAACACAUAACAAAUUGGAGUAUACAUCAACAUACGAAAACAUAGUCAAUUCGCAACGCAGCAUGUUAGAAAAUUAUGCAUCGUCGACACUAGAUUCACCGAAUCUUCUUGUCGAUGUCAAGGGUGAGAAAUUUGUCGAUGAUUUCCGACCAACUGAUCCCGGUCAUAGUCCCGGAGCCGGCCAUUCAACUCCAACAAUCCCCACAGACGCCAACGUGCUUCCAAGGCCUUAA